AUGGGAAGCACCGGGUCAGCUUGGGCAAGUGAGCCCAUCGCCAUCGUCGGCCUGGGAUGUAAGUUUGCGGGGGAUGCAGCUAACCCCUCAGGCUUAUGGAAGUUGAUGGCCGAGGGAAAGAGUGCCUGGAGUGAGAUGCCGGCUUCUCGCUUCAAUGCCAAAGGCGCUUACCAUCCCAACCAUGAAAAGUUGAGCACAAUGCACGUUAAGGGUGCUCAUUUCAUGAAAGAGGAUGUCGGUCUGUUUGAUGCAGCCUUUUUCAACUAUUCUGCUGAAACUGCGUCGACACUCGAUCCCCAGUUCCGACUCCAACUUGAGUCUGUCUACGAAGCAUUGGAGAAUGCUGGUCUUCCUCUCUCGCAAGUCGCGGGAACUAACACAUCGGUUUUUGCUGGCACAUUCGUUCAUGACUACAGAGACUCAUUGGUCCGCGAUGAGGACAACCUUCCUCGAUUCUUCCUAGCUGGCUCCGGUACCGCGAUGGCUUCCAACCGGAUAUCUCAUUUCUUCGACUUCCGUGGAGCCAGUAUGACUAUUGAUACAGGCUGCUCCACGGCCCUAGUGGCUCUGCACCAGGCUGUCCAGAGUCUUCGCAAUGGAGAGAGUGACAUGAGUGUAGUGGGUGGAACGAAUGUACUGAUCAACCCGGAUAACUUCAAGGCCAUGGGAUCCAUCGGAUUCCUAUCCCCAGACGGAAGGUGUUUCGCCUUUGACUCACGGGCAAACGGCUAUGGCCGUGGUGAAGGUGUUGCUACGAUUGUGAUCAAGCGACUGCGAGAUGCGGUUGCAGCGGGCGAUCCCAUUCGCGCAGUGAUUCGCGAGACCCUAUUGAACCAAGAUGGAAAGACCGAAACUAUUACAUCUCCGAGCCAGGAAGCGCAGCGCAAUCUCAUGCGCGAGUGCUACGCCAGGGCUGGCAUUGACCCCCAGGGCACCCAGUAUUUCGAGGCGCACGGAACCGGCACACCGACCGGAGAUCCGAUUGAGGUUGGCGCGAUCGCAGCGGUUUUCCAGGGAAAAAAAUUCAAGUCUGGUGAGCCCCUACGCAUCGGCUCUGUCAAGACGAAUAUUGGUCACGCCGAGGCCACGAGUGGAUUGGCUAGUAUCAUCAAAGUUACGCUGGCCAUGGAGCAUGGCAUGCUUCCUCCAUCCGUCAAUUUCGAGAAGCCGAACCCGAAACUCUCUUUGGAAGAAUGGGGCAUCAAGGUGGCUAGGGAGUUUGAACAGUGGCCUUCUCUGCCUGGCUGUGUUCGCCGUGCGUCGGUCAACAACUUCGGCUACGGAGGAAGUAACUCCCAUGUCAUCAUGGAGGAUGGAGAAUAUUGGCUCGAGACCCUGAAAAGCACCAAGACCAAUGGUAUCACCAACGGUUCUAGCAAAAAUGUCGACGGGUUGCCUUCUGCAAGCUAUGAGACAAAUCUCGUCAUUUUAAGCGGAAAGGACGAGCAGACUACCAAAACAAUGGUCUCUAACUUGAAAGCUUUCCUCGAAGAAGAGCAAAAUGGCCUGAGUAAUGAAGACGCGAAGCUCUUCCUACAGAAGCUUUCAUACACACUUGGACAACGCCGCACCAUGUUUCCCUGGCUCGCGGCUUACCCCGUUCCCAUCAACCAAGGGAUCGGGGCCGCUGUCACAGCUCUCGAAUCACGCAGUUUCCGAGCUUCUAAAAUUGCUGAUCGCCAGCCACAGAUCGCCAUGGUCUUCACUGGACAGGGUGCUCAAUGGUAUGCCAUGGGUAGGGAGCUGAUCACAACUUAUCCCGUAUUCGGAGGCUCCAUCACGGAAGCAGACUCUAUCCUUCAGGAACUCGGAGCAGAUUGGUCCUUGAUGGAGGAGCUCCACCGUGACGCUGAGACAACACGAGUCAAUGGAACUGCAUUCAGUAUCCCCAUCUGUGUUGCCGUUCAGAUCGCGUUGGUUCGUCUAUUGGAUUCAUGGGGCAUCAAGCCAUCGGCCGUGACCAGUCACUCCAGUGGAGAAAUUGGUGCGGCUUAUGCAGUCGGUGCCAUCAGUUUGCGCCGAGCUAUGGGAAUCGCAUACUUCCGUAGCAAGCUGGCUGCUGAUCUGACCCAGCGCUCCACAGCCAAGGGCGGCAUGAUCGCUGUCGGACUUGGUCGACAAGAGUCGGAAGGCUAUCUGAAGACGCUCACUUGUGGCGGCAAGGCUGUCGUUGCUUGUGUUAACAGUCCGUCCAGCACCACUGUUGCUGGUGACCUUCCCGCAGUGUUGGAGCUUGAAGCCAUGCUUCAGAAAGAUGGAGUCUUUGGUCGACGACUGCGCGUUGAGACUGCUUACCACUCUCACCACAUGUCGCCAAUAGCCGAGGAUUAUAGAACGGCAUUGAACAUGAUGGCUGAUAAUUCCACCAAGCCUGUGAACCGCAUGGACUCCGUGGUCUAUGGGUCUCCAGUUACUGGAUACCGUAUGAGCAACGCCGAGACAAUCGCCGACGCAGAUCACUGGGUUGGAAGUUUGUUGCAGCCUGUUCAAUUCGUUGAUGCCUUUACCGAGAUGGUUCUGGGUGGAUUGGGCUCUGAGGACGGUACCCCUUCUUCUAGUGUUGACGUCGUGGUUGAGAUUGGUCCUCACACGGCUCUCGGUGGUCCUAUUAAAGAAAUUCUUGGACUGCCCGACUUUGAGGGUAUCAAGUUGCCUUAUUACGGCUGUCUUGUUCGGCACACCAACGCUAUGGAGAGUCUUCAAGCUCUUGCUGCUGAUCUGAUGCGUGAGGGAUACCCUGUCAACAUGGAGGCUAUUAACUUCCCCCGUGGUCGGGAAUCUGAAGUUCGCGUUCUCACGAACCUACCCCCAUACCCUUGGAACCACUCUACCAAGCACUGGAUUGAGCCUCGUGUCAACAAAGCAUUGCGUGAGAGAUCGCGACCUCCUCACCACCUGCUUGGCCAGUUGAUUCCCGGCACAAAUCUCGAUGAGCCAUCUUGGCGCCACAUUUUGCGACCACUUGAGGCACCAUGGGUUCGCGACCACUCAAUUCAAUCGAACAUGCUGUACCCUGGCUGUGGUUUCUUGUCCCUUGCUAUCGAAGCAGUUCGAGAGCAGCUUGCCUUGACGGAAGAGACCCCGCGCGAGAUUGCUGGUUAUCACAUCAGAGACAUUGAUGUCCUGCAAGCUCUUGUCAUCCCAGAUACCGCAGACGGACUUGAGAUCCAGACUGUUCUGCGCCCUGUCAGUGACAAGGCGAUCGGUGUCCGGGGUUGGAAGCAGUUUGAAGUCCUCUCUGUGACUGCGGAUAACGAGUGGACACGCCACGUUCAUGGGCUGAUCUUGGUUGAAUUUGGUGACCCUGAAAAGGCCAUUGGUCUCGGCCUGGACAAGAAUAAGAAGCCGCUGGACCCAACCGCAGGCUACGCCAAGCGCAUCGACCCUAACGACAUGUGGAAUGUCCUGACAACCCAUGGUCUGCAGUAUGGCCCAACUUUCAGAAAUAUCAAGAGUAUCAUCCAAUCGGGCAAGGAAAUGCGAUCUAUCAGCGAGGUUGUGAUUCCGGAUACCUCAGUAGCUAAGGAGCUUCCCUACGACCAUGUCGUGCAUCCUGCUUUCCUCGAUUCCGCAGCUCAGGCAACUUUUACUGCUCUGCCCGGUACCGAGUCACGCCAGGAUAGUCCCAGAGUUUUCCAGUCAAUUGACCGGCUUUGGAUCUCUAGCAAAAUCAGCAAUCAAUUCGGUCACGCCUUCAUUGCGGACACCAUUCUGCACCGUGCCGAUGCCCAAGGAAUCGAAACUGACAUUACAAUGGUUGACAAGGAUGCCGCGGAAGGUGCCAAGCCCGUGCUCGAGAUCAAGAAACUGGUUCUCUCGUCUCUGGGGCGCAGCGCAAGCAGCGGCGAUGACAAGCCAUGGGAGAAGCAGCUUUGCACCAAGAUUCAAUGGGCUCCCGAUGCCAGUAUCGGCUUCCAAACUGCCAAACUUACCCACUCGCUUGGUGCUAAUGAGACGCGUGCCAUCACGGAUAUCCGUCGUGUUUGCCUCUAUUACAUCCAAGAGGCACUCGCUGUCAUUCCAGCAGAUGAAGUGACGCAGCUUGGCCCAGAUCAGGCUAAGUUCUACGAAUGGAUGCAGGAGCAAGUGCUCAAGGCCAAAGAAGGCAAACUGGGCGCUGGAAGUGCUUCAUGGCUACUAGACUCGAAGGCUGAACGAGAGCUUCGCACACAUCUAGCUGCGCAGUCCGGUGUGCCAGGCGAGAUUGUCUGCCGCCUAGGUCAGAACCUCUUAGCGGCUCUUCUUGGUGACAAGACACUAUUCGAGCUGAUAAAGGAGGAUGGCUUGCUAGAGAAGUAUGAAGAAUACGCUCAAUCCCAAUCUGUGUCGCAGGCAGCCGACUUGCUCCGACAGAUCGUGCACAAGAACCCCAAGGCUCGCAUCCUUGAGAUAGGGGCUACUGCCGGGGCAUUUACACUCGCGAUGCUUCAAGCACUUGGGACUACGGAGACUGGUGGUCCUCUUGCUGAGUCGUAUCACAUCACUAGUGUCUCUUGUGAUGAGGACUUUGAGGUGGCCGCCCGUGGAGAAUUCGCCGCUUGGAAUGACAUUCUUUCUUUCGACAGCCUUGAUAUCGAACAGGAUCCGUCUAUGCAGGACUUUGAGCUUGAGUCUUACGAUGUCGUUAUCGCGACUCAAUCUCUGUCGUCAACAACUUCGGUUUCAGCUUCUUUGUCUAACGCAAAGAGCCUCAUGAAACCGGGCUCGAAGCUCCUUAUCAUUGAAAACACACAGGAAAGUCUUGAAAAGCAUUUUGUUUUUGGGUUGUUUACUAGCCAUGCUUCUUCAAGUGUGACAUACUGGAGUGACUCACUUCAAGAAGCAGGGUUCAGCGGGGUCGAUAUUGAGAUCCGUGACUGUUCGAGUGAUGAUCUGUAUACUACAAGCACCAUGUUGUCAACUGUACCUCUGCCCGCUCUUCCUCAGCUGCCUUCAUCGGGCGAGAUUGUUCUCGUGACCAGCAGCAAGACUGGACCUUCACUGGAAUCGACAUGGCUCGCGUCCUUGCAGCGAGCUAUAUCUCAGGCGGGGUCUUUCUCUGGCUCUCUGCCCGCCGUCCAUGUCGUUGAGUCGGCCUCAGCUACGUCCUUCGCAGGCAAGGUUUGUAUUUUCGUUGGCGAGAUCGACAAGCCUCUCCUCCGGAACCUUGAUGAUACCACCAUGGCUGGAAUAAAGGCAAUGGCAACCAUCUCCAAGGGCCUUCUGUGGGUGACCCGAGGCGCUGCGGUUGAGUGUCGUAACCCGGACCUAGCGCUCGCUCAGGGUUUCCUUCGAUCUCUGCGGAACGAAUAUCUCACCAAGCUCUUCAUCACUCUUGACUUGGACCCCAAUGAUGCCCUUUGGUCUACGAAGAGUGUCCCCGCAAUUGUGAAAGUUUUGAACAAGGCAUUCAGCACCACGACCUCCGUUGUUAGCGAGUCUCAGCCUGGAGAGUUCGAGUAUGCCUUGCGCGAUGAUAAUAUUUUGAUUCCACGUCUUUUCAAGGAUAUAUCUCGCAGCAAGAAGGUCUCACCUGAUGAUGUCGCUGAUCAGGGUACAUCUGCUGCUGUUAUUCAGCCAUUCUUCCAGCCUGACCGUCCUCUAAGCAUGCACGUUGGUAUGCCAGGUUUGAUGGAUACUAUCGCGUUCGAUGAUGACCCAGCAAUGUCUGCCAUUGAUGCAGGAGCCGAUCUUGCACCGCAUCUCAUCGAGGUGGAGCCUCGUGCAUAUGGUGUCAACUUCCGUGAUGUGAUGGUCGCUAUGGGUCAACUCAACGAGCGCAUCAUGGGUCUCGAGUGUUCCGGUAUUGUCAAGCGAGUUGGCACGGAAGCUGCUGAACAAGGAUACUCUGUUGGUGACAAGGUCUUCUGUCUCCUGCGCGGGCCCUUUGGUAGCCGCCUUCACGUCGAGUGGACGAGUGUCGCCCACAUGCCGGAAGAUCUCAGCUUCGAGGAUGCCGCUUCGCUGCCAGUCAUUUUCUGUACCGCUUAUAUCGGUCUUAUCGAUAUGGCUCGUAUGCGCAAGGGUCAGACUGUCCUCAUCCACGCCGCCGCCGGUGGUGUUGGACAGGCAGCUAUCAUGAUCGCCAAGCACCUGGGUCUUGAGAUCUAUGCCACCGUUGGAACACCUGACAAGCGCGAGUUGGUCAUGUCCCAGUACGGCAUCUCAGAUGACCACAUCUUCAGCAGUCGAGACACAAGCUUCGCUGCCGGUGUCCUAGCCGCCACCAACGGCCGUGGAGUCGAUGCCGUCCUCAACUCACUUGCAGGACCUCUUCUCCAGGAAAGUUUCAAUGUUCUGGCGCCAUUCGGUUACUUCAUCGAAAUCGGCAAACGAGACUUGGAGAUCAACAGCCAACUCGAGAUGCGCCCCUUCACUCGCCAAGUCUCUUUCUCGGCCUUCUACCUCCUCGCGUCGAUGAACCAUAGCCCUCUCGAGGUCCAUCGCGUGCUAAACAAACUCACCGAGCUGCUCACAGAUAAGAUCAUCGCCCCAGUGCAUCCGAUCACCGCGUUCCCAAUGGGCGACUUUGCCAAAGCAUUCCGUCUACUCCAGACCGGAAAACACAUGGGCAAGGUCGUGCUUGCAAUCGGCCCGCAGGAUAUGGUCCCAGUUCUUCCACGUACUCCAACCGCCAAGUUCUCAUCUGAGGCGUCCUACCUCAUCGUUGGUGGCCUUGGCGGUAUUGGCCGAUCCAUCGCUCACUGGAUGAUGGCUCGCGGAGCUAAAAACCUCAUUUUCAUGUCGCGCAGUGCUGGAAAUGGCAAGAACAUAGCUUUCCUUAAUGAGCUUCGACAGACUGGUUCUAUUGUCCAGGCUGUUAGUUGCAACGUCUCUGACCAGGCCGAUCUAACUCGCGGAUUGCGCUCGUGCGAGGAGAGUGGUCUACCGCCCAUUCGUGGUGUUAUCCAAGCAGCCAUGGUUCUACAGGACACCCUUUACGAACAGAUGACGCUGGCCCAAUGGCAAGCCGCCGUCCAGCCAAAGGUACAAGGAACAUGGAACCUGCACAAGUCUUUCGACCGCGCCAACUCUCUCGACUUCUUCGUGAUUCUUUCAUCCAUCGUCGGUGUGGCCGGUAACGCCAGUCAAACAAACUACGCUGCAGCUGGAUCCUAUCAGGAUGCACUUGCCCGCUGGCGCGUUGCACAAGGCCUGCCAGCCGUGGCCAUCGAUCUUGGCGCUGUCAAGGGUAUCGGUGUGGCUCAAGAGACCGCGGGUGUGCUUGCCCGCCUUCAGAGAAUUGGUCACAUUCCAGUCAACGAGGAGCAGGUCCUGGCUAUUCUUGGUAGUGCCAUUCUGGCUCCAUACGAUUCCCAGGCCGUCAUCGGUUUACACUCUGGCCCUGGACCCCACUGGAAACGCGAUGGCGAUUCCCCGCUAGGACGUGACGCUCGGUACAUUGCUUUGCAGCCUGCGGAGGGUGGUCAGAAGAAUGCUGGCGCUGGUGAUGGCUCAGGUUCAUUGGCCAGUCGUCUUGCUAGCGCGUCUUCGCCUGAAGAAGUAGUUGACCUGGUCGGUGUUUCUAUUGCCGAGAAAUUGUCUGAUAUCUUCAUGAUCCCUGUUUCUGAAAUUGAUCUGACAAAGAAGCCUUCUCACUUUGGUAUCGACUCACUUGUUGCCGUUGAGCUGCGCAAUAUGUUGCAGCAGCAUGCUGGUGCUGAGGUGUCGAUCUUUGGUAUUAUGCAGAGUGCCUCUUUGGCUGCGCUUGCCGCUGAUGUUGCUGCUAAGAGCUCGCAUGUCAAGUGGGACAAGUUCAAGGCUUGA